AUGGCUUCAGCUCGCUACGCCUACGUCAAGGACUUGGGGGAGGGCAGUUUCGGCAAGGUGGUUCUGGCAACAGACCGGGAAACGGGCGAGCAAGUGGCGAUCAAGAAGCUGACGCGUCAGUACCUGGACACGCGCCUGCUAGAGGCGGAGGUGGUCAACCACAGCAGCCUGUACCACCCACACGUUAUCCGCUUCAGAGAGGUUUUCCUGUCUCCCAACAACUUCAACAUCGUGAUGGACUAUGCCAGCGGGGGCUCCCUCUUCAGCUACGUGCGCAGCAAGGGCCGCCUGAAGGAGCCCUUCGCGCGCUGGUGCUUCCAGCAGCUCGUGCUCGGAGUGGACUACUGCCACAAAAAGGCGCGGCGCUCAGCGCGGCGCGCAUGCUUUGGUGUGGCCAACCGGGAUCUGAAGCUCGAGAACACACUGCUGGACUGGCCGCACCCCAGCCUGUCGAAGCCGAUAGUGAAGAUCUGCGACUUUGGGUACUCCAAGCACGACUCGCGCUCGGCACGCACCCAGGCCGGCACAUUUUGCUACAUGGCGCCGGAGGUGCUGCGCAACGCUAAUCGGUCAAAGUACGACGCGAAAAAGGCCGACAUCUGGUCCUGCGGCGUCGCCCUUUACGUCAUGUUGGUCGGGCGGUGA